AGCUUCAUUUGAAAGCCAAACUACGCCCUUUCCCUAUAAACCCUCUCCUCUUCCUCUUCCUCUUCCUCUUCCUCUUCCACUCUCAAACCCCCCCUUUCUUUUAACCUAAUUCUCCAUCGCCGAUUUCUUCAUUUCCAAUUCGACGCUUUCCCAUGGCUUUGCCCGACCAGAAGACUGUUGAUUAUCCUAGUUUCAAGCUCGUCAUUGUUGGUGAUGGCGGCACUGGGAAAACAACGUUUGUGAAAAGACAUCUCACAGGGGAGUUCGAAAAGAAAUACGAACCAACCAUUGGCGUGGAAGUGCACCCUUUAGACUUCUUCACAAACUGUGGAAAAAUUAGAUUUUACUGCUGGGACACUGCUGGGCAGGAGAAGUUCGGUGGUCUACGUGAUGGCUACUACAUCCAUGGGCAAUGUGCAAUCAUCAUGUUUGAUGUUACUGCUAGAUUGACAUACAAAAACGUCCCUACAUGGCAUCGUGAUCUUUGCAGGGUGUGUGAGAAUAUUCCAAUUGUUCUUUGUGGAAACAAGGUGGAUGUGAAAAACAGGCAGGUUAAGGCCAAACAAGUCACGUUCCACAGGAAGAAGAACCUACAGUACUAUGAAAUUUCUGCAAAGAGUAACUACAACUUUGAAAAACCAUUCCUCUACUUGGCCAGGAAGUUAGCUGGGGAUCCCAACAUUCAUUUUGUGGAGUCUCCAGCUCUGGCUCCUCCUGAAGUACAAAUUGACUUGGCUGUCCAGCAACAGCAUGAAGCUGAAUUGGUAGCAGCUGCCAGUCAACCUCUUCCCGAUGACGACGAUGAUGCUUUUGAUUAAGACUGGUCGAUCAUCUGAUGACGUUGCCCUCUGCAUAUCUAUUUUAAGUGAGGUUUUUUUCUUCUUGCUAUGAUUAACAGAAGGGAAUAGCUGCGCAGGGUAUGGCUGAGGAUUGAAACUUGAAUUUUGAAAACGUUAGUUUUCUGCUCCCUGGAUAAAAGAAAUUUGUUGUGAUGUAGAUGGUGGGUUUUCUGUUGGUGAGAUUCACUAUCGAUUGUAGUAGAUCCACAUGGCCUUUGUGGAAAGUUCAUCAUGCAGAAAAUUUUGGAAUGAGUGUUGCACUAUUUGAUUUGUGUUCAUUGUUCCUUUAUUUCUUUUCUGGGCGUAUCAUUUGUUUUUCAGAAAUAUGGGUUUGGUGAGGUGUUGAAUGUUUGAUGAAGAAACUUAAUGGUUAUCAAAACUUUAGGAACUCGGUUUAUUUGUGUUUUGAAAAACAAUGUAAUAAAAAAGUUGUUAUUUGUAUUAGUUGAUGAGCCAUGUAUGUUCUAGGUUUGUUUUUAAGUAAGUUAAUUUGAUUAUUUCA